GCGAUGGAGAUUAAUCAGACAUUGGUGACUGAAUUUAUUCUCAAAGGACUAACAGACAGCACAGAGCUGGAAGUGCCCCUGUUCCUGGUAUUCUUGUUGAUUUAUGUCACCACCAUGGUGGGCAACCUCGGACUGGUCUUUCUCAUCUGGAAGGACCCCCAUCUUCACACGCCCAUGUACUUUUUCCUUGGCAGCUUAGCCUUUGCAGAUGCUUGUACCUCAUCCUCUGUGACCCCGAGGCUGCUCGUCAAUAUCUUAGACAAUGGCCAAAUGAUAUCACUCUUUGAAUGCAUGGCCCAAUAUUAUUUUUUUGGUUCCAGUGCAACCACAGAAUGUUUUCUUCUGGUGGUGAUGGCCUAUGACCGCUAUGUUGCUAUAUGUAAUCCUUUGCUUUAUCUAGUGGUGAUGUCCAACAGACUCUGUGCUUCAUUGAUAAGUAUGUCAUAUGCAAUUGGUUUUCUGCAUCCUAUAAUUCAUGUAGGAUUAUUGUUUAGAUUAACUUUCUGUCGGUUCAAUGUAAUAGAUCAUUUUUAUUGUGAAAUCUUGCCACUGUAUACACUUGCUUGCACUGAUCCAUCUAUCAAUGCAUUAGUAGUUUUCAUCUUUGCUGCUUUCAUACAAGCUAUCACUUUUUUGACCAUCGUGGUCUCUUAUGUCUGUGUCCUCUUUGUCAUCCUGAAGAAGUCUGAGAAGGGCAGAAGCAAAGCCUUCUCCACGUGCAGUGCCCACCUGCUCUCUGUCUCUUUGUUCUAUGGCACUCUCUUCAUCAUGUACGUCCGUCCUGGGUCUGGCCCAGAGAAACAUCAGGAUAAAAUGUAUUCACUGUUCUACACAAUUAUAAUUCCCCUGCUAAACCCUUUUAUUUACAGCCUAAGAAACAAAGAAGUUUUGGGUGCACUGAAAAAAGUGAUAACUAAAUAA